AUGGAAGCCGAAUGCGCAGCUCAUGUUCGGAAGUGUCAUCAAGGCCAACUCCAUGGAGAUUUGAAGCACAUGCUACCCAUGCCAUUACAUACCAUGGCUUCACCUUGGCCAUUUUCUACAUGGGGAAUAGAUAUCAUUGGGAAGAUCCACCCAACUGCAUCCAAUGGCCUUGAAUUCAUACUUGUUGCUAUAGACUAUUUCACUAAGUGGGUGGAAGUUGCCUUAUACAAGGUUUUGAAUUCAAAGAAAGUUGCUCAGUUCAUUCAAACCAAUAUCAUUUGCAGAUAUGGGGUACACAUGAAAUUAUCUUUGACAAUGGGCUACAUUUCAAGGGAGAAGCAGAGAAGCUGUUACAAUAGUUCAACAUUCAGUACCACAAAUCCUCACCAUAUCGUCCUCAGACUAAUGGAGCAGUUGAGGUUGCAAACAAGAAUAUAG